GUUUACUAUUUUAUGAUAUAUCGAUUGAAAUUACAGUAAAAAUAAACGUGUAGAUUGUUGGUUAAAUGUAAUCAUGCACAAGUAAAUUAAUAUAAUGUUUUUGAAAUUCUGUGAUUAAAUGUCUGCGCAGUAUAUAUUCUAGUGUAUGGAAUGGAGCCAUUCAAUGUUUUUUUGUGCAUUUCUAUUAGUUUGAAGUAAUGAUACGGAGUUUUGAAAUGGACUACAACGUUGUUGUACGAGAUGUUUAUAGUCAAGGCCUGCUCACUCCAUUGAAUGAAGCUGACCUCAAAGUAUAAUCCUAUUGCUACCAAAUUUGAAGCAGUUUUGUGACGAGAAUAUAAAGCUAAUGUGCAAUGUCAUUGCCAUUGAAAGAACAGCUGUCCAGUGAGGAUUUAGUAAUUCAAAAAAUGGGUAAAGAGGAUCCCAUUGUGCCACCAGAAACUAUAAUUCUCCCAACUAUCAAAGAGGAGUAUAUAGAAAACGUGAAGGAAGAGGAAUUCGAAGAUGAUCCAUACAUUGAACAGGAACCAGAAGUGAUAGUGAAGGUGGAGGCAGAGGAUAAUGUUGCGAUUGGAGAGCAUGGAUUGCCUGUGAAGCAAGAAUAUCUACAGGAGCACACCAGUGACAAUGGAGAAUCUACUCAGGUUCCGCUUCUUCCAACAAACAGUUUGACUAAUAAUAUUCACACCAUGCCAGUAUAUCAUUGUGAGAUAUGCAGAAUUGGGUUCACUGAGUCUAAAAUAUUCAAUAAACACUGGCGCAGUGAACACAAGGAAACUAAGAUUAUACGCAGAUUUAAUUGUGCAUUCUGUGGCAAGAAUUUUGGUGAGGCGCACAAACUGCGUAAACAUCAGCGUGUACACACGGGAGAGAAACCAUUCACCUGUGACAUUUGUCACAAGCACUUUGCACAAAAUGAAAAUCUUCAGGUUCAUAUGCGUGGCCACAGAGGGGAGAAACCUUACACCUGUGAAUAUUGUUCACGAAGUUUCACAACAAGGUCAGCCCUAGUGACACAUUUUCGCUCUCACUCCGGCGAGAGACCGUACCGGUGUAACGAGUGUGGGAAAGCUUUUUCAACAAGCAGCUACCUUCUUGUGCAUCGUCGAUCUCAUUCUGAUGAGAAACCUUUCCAGUGUGAGCAGUGUGACAAGACAUUUAAGACACGCCAAUUACGGAAGAAGCAUCAGGUGUCUCAUUCUUCUGAUCGGAAGUUUGAAUGUGCUGGCUGCAAAAAGUCUUUUAAACAGAAGAAGUCAUAUAAGAUCCAUUCAAUGAUAGGUUGCCGUACUGAUAAGGAGUUUAGAUGCAGCUACUGUGGGAAACAGUCUUCUGACAGAAGUGGCCUGAUCCGACAUCUGAGACUUCACACAGGGGAGAAGCCGUAUGGAUGUGAUGCGUGUGGUGCACGGUAUUCUGACUCGACCGCUCUGAAGAGUCAUAAGCGGUCUCAUACAACAGAGAAACCUUAUCAUUGUGAGGACUGUGAUCUAUAUUUCAAGUCUCCUAAUAACUUGAGUAGGCACAGGAAGAACAUGCACACAGAAAAGGUGCUCCAGUAUGGGUGUGAUGUAUGUAAUGCACGGUUUUCUGACUUAGGUACUCUGAAGAGCCAUAAAAGGACCCACUCAACAGAGAAGCCUUAUCAUUGUGAGGACUGUGAUCAAUACUUCAAGUCUCCUAACAAUCUGAAUAGACACAGGAAGAACAUCCACACAAAAGAGUUGAUCUGAAGUGAUAGCAGUGCAAAUAAUGAUAUAUUUCUUAAAGACAAUACACUGUAUUUUUUUUGCUAUAAAUUACCAUUUAUUUCUUCUGUAUUCCAGUGGAAAAAGGAAAAAGAAUGUCAUUUUCCAGAUAAAAUUAAAAAUAAUUAAGAAAUCUUUUUAAGAUGUGUCCCUCUUGCUUCCACAUGACCUCCCAUGAUCAAGUAUGUCAUGUUAUCUAUUAACUUUGUUUUCACCAGCAGUAAGCACAGUUAUUGUAAACAUUUGAAAGAAUAUGAUCCUUAAAAUUAGUGUAUACAGAACCCUUUAAAAUUGACAUAUUGUAUUGUACCUUGAAUAAGUCCACAAACAGGAUUGCUGCACAUCUACAGACUAAGUGACAUCUGCCAACUGUGGUAUAUCUUGCAACUCUCAUAUCACAGUAUGUCAGUAUGAGCCGGUUAUUGUGAUAUUUCAUUUUGAACAUCUAUCAUCUCUUAUUUAAGUUGCAGCAAUCUUAAAAAUGAAUAAUUAUAAGAUGCAUUACAUUUCAGAGUGACUGGUUCUGUCUUUGAUUUCAGCAAAGAAUUAAAGACGGUACCUACUCUGUAGGGCCUGUUAGCGCUGCCAGUAAUAUUCAUCAUUGUGCAUCAGAUUGGCUGUAUCUAAUAGGCAUUGCAGAGUACAUACCUUGUUUCUUAUCCUGAAACACAGUGAAUUUUAGGCAUUGUAAUUUUUAAAAUUGGUGUAAUUUAAAUAAUAGAUAAUGGGUAAUGUCCAAAUAGAACACUGUAUGAAAAUAAUACUAAUACACCAUCUUUACAGAACUUGUAGAUGUGAGAUUUGAGGUUCUUUUGAUAGUGAAGAGGUCAGUGUUGGUUUUUGUUUUGUCAUGUUAAAUUGUAGGUAGACACCAGUGUUUUGGAGAAACAUAGUCUACACCAGCCUAUAAAAUGGAGACAGUAUGGUUCUACAAAAUGUUCGUAUCUGUGGAUAUCUGCAGAGUGUCAUGACUUUACAACCCAAAAGACCAACAGUCGACAUGGGCUAGAUACUUUGUUCAUAAGAGUAUGCUGUAUCAAUUUGCAAAUUCUUAUUAGUAGUAGUACUGGGGAUACUGGGUUCUUCAAGUGCCUGAGCAUUGCAGGUCCCAACUUUUCAUUGGCCUGAUCUAUAGACAUUUGGUAAGAUUCCUUGGACGAGAGAUAUUAGUAGUAGUAUUAGCAAGUAAUAACUGUAGUAGUAGUGGUGGUAGUAAUAGUUAUUGGUGAUGGUUGUGAUGGUAGUAGCAUAAACUUUAAAAUUGAAUCCUUUAUAACCCUGUGAUGCUAAGAGCAACAAGUGCUUUUAGAACUUGGAAUUGUGUGGCAUUUUGUUUAUUGGUUGUAAAAUUAGUUUUAAUUUUGUAAAUUAUACAUUGUAAAUGAAAUUGACAGUGACGUUAGUUACAACUCUUGACUGCUGUGCAUAAGGGCAAUGGUGGAAGCAGGAGGAAAACUAAUCUUUGUUAAAAAUAAAUGUUUUUUUAGCUUCUUAUGGUUUGUUUAAAGAAUUAAUCUGAAAUGUGUUAUACUUAUUGUUCCAUCUGAUUUUUGUUUCUAUAGUGAAACUGAUUGCCAUUAAUGUUGUUUUGUAUGUUAUUUAGUUAAUUUAGUUGUAAGCAAUUUGUGUUAUAUUGUGAGCUGCCAAUGACUGUGGUUGAGAUUUUAGGUUCUCAUCCAGUAUGAAGGUGACUGACUGUCUUCUGAGGUGUUGCACCAUCUAGUCUGCUAGAAGCUUACUGACAUUUUAGGUGUGCUUACUGCCUCCAUUAUUGCCCUGGUGAAGGAGGCAGCAAGCACCUCUGAAACAUUUUUAAAAUUCUACCAGACUACAUAGUACAACAUCCCAGAAGACAGUCUUCUUCUUAACUAAGGUUCUUCAUGCCUAUUUUUAAUAUUAUAUCUGUUAUAAUUUCUUUACCCAAAAUUUUGGUUUUCUCUCAACAUUUUUAAACAAGUUUACAUCUUCAGAUGGGUUUCUAUAAAAUUUAAGUGUUUAACUUAAUUAACCCAGUGUGGUGUCAAGAAUCAGUAGUUUGUGUUGAAUUUUCUUGUGUCUUAAAUUCAAUGACAAUACAGUACACUAAAAAUCCAUUAUAAGAGUUCAUAAUAUAACAAGAAUAAUCAGUGUAUGUACCGUUGGGUGGCAUUAAAAGGGUAUGUUUCAUUUAUACAUUUUCUUGUUUACUGUUUCAGACAGUGUUAUAAGUUGAUUCUAAAUGGUUCUGGCAGUGGUGUAUUACAAUCUGCAUUACUGAGUUUUUGGACUAUUUCUGUUCGGUAUUCCAAAAAACCCACAACAUUUUUGAAAACUGGAUCUGUUUUCAUUCUCAGGUGUCUGGAAGUGGGGCAUCUAUUCAGUUGCAUCCAUUGGAAAGAGCUAACAUCCAGAUUUUGAAAUGUGGGAUUUUUAAAAUACCAGAUGAAUAAAGUCAAAAAAGUGUAUUAUCAAAAUCUGUUGGGCUCAAAGGUAAAAAUUAAUUUAUGCCUGCAAGUACAUUAAUGUAGGCCUUCAAAUGAAUGUAAAUAAACUAAUGAUGAUUCUCGUGCCAUAUAUCAUGUUUCAUCAAACUGUGUCAGAGGGCUGGAAACACUUUUAUUUAGGGUUAUUAGUGAAAUAAGUUUAAGAUGAGUUAAAUGGAAUAAAACUUGCAUAUAGUGUUAUUUGCAUAAUACAAGUUAUGGAUUUUCAUAUAAUUUUGUCAGUGGGGUCAAAAUAUAUACUUAUCAUGCUUGCAGCAAGUGGUUUCAAAACUUGAAAUUGGCUGUAAUUAGAUAUAAAUAUAUGUGGUAUUUUGUUUAAUGGUUGUAAAAUCAGUUUGAGAUGAAUUAAAGCUAAUGAAUGUAA